AUGGAGGACCCUGGAUUCAUUCACAUCGCCGACAACGACGACAACGAAUUCACCGGGAUAACUACUCCAAGGUCAAUCUAUGAUAAGUUCUUCAUGAGCGGGAGUGGGAGCUGGAGCGGGAGUGGACGCAUCAGAGACCGUUGCAGUGGUGGCAAGUUGCUCACCUUUGGCGGCGGCCCGUGGCCACCAGUGAAUGUACCCCGUUUCCAUCAAUCGUUCAGACGCAGUCCCCUCUCGCUCGAGACGAGCACCUCCCCGACGUUGGCUUACAACCAUGGCUAUGAUCUAUCGGAUGAUCCUUUUUGUUGUGUACACCUCGAGUCAUGGAGUCAAGAAAGACCAGACACAACUACCGAGUUGGCAUGUCGACCCUUUCGACGGCUCCAAUUUCCCAAGACUCAACCCAGCGACAAGCCGACCGAGCUGGCAGUACACACUCCGACGAAGCAUAUCACGUUUAUAUUCAGAAGUUCUAUGACCAUACCGUGCCAUCACGCUAGUUGGUCCCGACCAGGCAUCAUAUAUCAACUUAUGCACGAGCUGUUCUACAAGACCAAGGGUGUGAAUAGUUUGGGUGCAGCCACCAAGUUGGCCAUCAUGCGUUCACUCAGCAAGCCAGUUUGGCUUCAUGUCAUGUACUGA